AUGCCACGGAAUGCCCUCACCCCAGAUGGCCUCGUCACCAUACCAGGUCCAGCCGCAGAACGGCCAUUGAAGCCGUCAACGGCACCAACAGCGUCAGCGUCAGCUACAGCUACAGCUUCAUCAAAAUGGAACACCGACAAACUAGGCAUGCGCCUCGGCGUAGACAUCGCCAGCGCAAUGACAGCAGGAGCUCUAACCUGCCCCGUCAUCACCGUCAUCGACCGAGCCAUCAUCGAAAAAGCCGCCAAGGGCCUCCCCAUCCGCAGCACCCUCACCUCCUGCUUCCGGUCCAUGCUCACCCAGCCCGCGGCGUUCUUCACAAGUGUCCCGUUUUUAUUGAUCUAUACCCUCUACACGUCGACGUACCUCACGGCCAACGCUAUCGAUACUCUGACCUCGACGCUCCGCGAUAGGCCCUUUGAGACUGUUUUCCCGGGAACGGUCAAGUUUUUGACGACUACGGCUGUGAAUAUGGGGAUUUGCGUGUAUAAGGAUGCGCGGUUUGCGAGGAUCUUUGGGGCCGGCAACAACACCGCGUCUACGACAACCAGCAGUGGUACAAAUACAAGUACAAGUGCAGGUGUUGGUGUUGGUGUAGCCUCCGGCGGGGUGACAUGCCACCCAUCCAGCACGUCAGCCUUGAAGGUCCCCAAGAUAAGCUACGCCCUCUUCUGUCUACGGGAUAGCAUCACCAUCUUCGCGUCGUUUAAUGUGCCUGCGCUACUUGCGCCGAGCAUCCCCGAUGGGAUUGUGGCUACGGCAGGGGGGAAAUCUGCGCUGGCGCAGUUUGCGUGUCCGGCUCUGAUGCAGUUCGUCAGUACGCCGAUGCAUUUGCUGGGCUUGGAUUUGUAUAAUCGGCAGCCGGUUGGCGGGCUGGGGUGGAGGGAGAGGGUGGGCAGGAUCAGGAGGGAUUAUGUGGCGAGUUGCUUUGCGAGGAUGGGGAAGAUUGUUCCUGCGUAUGGGGUUGGUGGGGUGGUGAAUGUUAGGAUGAGGGAGGGGUUGAUGAGACGCUUGUCUGCUUCGUAA